AACAGAGACUAAGGUGCCAACAAUGAACCACCACAACUAAUCUCACCAAUCCAAUCAUUUUGUCAAACAUAAACUCUCUUUUUUCCAUUCAACUUACCUUCCAACACUUUCAUAUCCCACCAAGAGUCACAUGUAUUAUAUUAUAAUAUUAUAUAUCAAUUUCCAAAUACCUCAUUCACAUACAAAUCCUAUUCCACACUUCUCCAACUUCAUCUCUUCACCACCAUUAACCAACCCAUCAAAUUCAAAACAUGAACCUUGUUGAACAUAUUACCUAUGACACAAUCAUGGCAACUCUAUCAAUAUCUCUCAUAAUUCUUGCCAUCAUCCUCUUCUUCCUUUGUAAAAAGAAACCAGUUGAAUCAGAAGAAACACUUCCAGUGAAACACAGUGCUCGUGCAUACCCUUUAACAGAAAUCGAUGCUGCCACCAAUGGAUUCAACCAUAGGAGAAUCAUUGGAAAAGGUCGUUUAGGAACGGUUUAUGCAGGAGUACUAGAAUCAGAAGAACUCGUAGCUGUGAAACGCAUUCAUCCUGUUCUUGUGUUAAGCAACGCAGGAUUCGGUUUCUCAUCGGUGAUCAAAUGGCUCUCUUUAGCUCAUCACCCUAACGUUGUUCCCAUAAUAGGAUUCUCAGAAGCACCAGGUGAAAGAAUUAUAGUGAUGGAGUUUGUUCGAAUGGCAAAUUUGGAGUUUUACUUGCAUGAAAAUCAUGAAGGAUUUUCUUCCUCACUUUUGGAUUGGAGCAAGAGGUUCAAGAUUGCAGCUGGAGUAGCUAAAGGGUUACAAUAUCUUCAUGAAGUGGUAGCACCAAAUAUUGUACAUGGUUGUGUUAAGUCUUCUAAUAUUCUCAUUGAUGUGAAUUUUUGUGCUAGGGUUUCUGAUUAUGGACUUAAUUUUUUAGGGCUAGUUGACAAAAGAGGGUUAGUUGGUUAUGUGGAUGAUGAAUAUUGGAAAGGUGGGGUUUGUAAGGAAAGUGAUGUUUAUGGGUUAGGGGUGAUUUUGUUGGAGCUUUUAAGUGGGAGAGGGUGUGAGGGUGGAUUAUUGGUGAAAUGGGCAUUGCCUUUGAUUAAGGAUAUGAGAUUUAGUGAAGUUUUGGAUCCUAGGUUGGUGAUUCCUAGUGAUAUGAAAGCUAUUGUUAGGUUAGCAAAAGUUGCUUUAGCUUGUGUUGGUAAUUCAAGGAAAUGUAGGCCUUGUGUGAUUCAUGUGGCAACCAUUUUGAAUGAUUUAGAGAUGGAAGUUUGUUUCUUGUCAAAUUAGCAAUGGUGUUCAAUUUUGUACAAAAACUUCUAUUUUUAGGUCAAUCUUAAUUUUCAUUAGAGUUUCAAACACUUUUUAUAUGAGAUGUUUUUGGAGCAUUGAAUUUUUUUCCCCGAAUCGAA